UCUCAGAAUAAAACAAAACGCUUAGCGAGGCUAUCUCCAGGGAAACAAUAAACAAUGACAGGCCCACGGCACUAGAUUGGUGUGUUAAAGAGAUAAUGGAGAGAUACGCAAAGCAGGGUUACCUAUUUCAAGUGCCACAAGUCCCAAAAGCUGAAGUUCACUGAAUUGCACAUCUGAGGAGGUAUGGCCUCAUCACUGGACUACAAACUGGUGCAUCAUGGGACGGUUUAAGGGGGAGUAGGGGGAAAUGCGGAGGCCAGGCGCGGUGGAUUAUGGGAAGCAUUACUGAAGCCCGCCGAAGCGGGAGAGUUCGUCCGCUGCCGGGCCCGGUAAACUUGGGUGAGCGGGGACGGGCCAGCCCCACUUUGCCCGGCGCGUGUUCCCUAAGCCCACGGCAGCAUGCCGCGCCCUGCGUCCGCCGGCCCUGAGAUGCUGAGCGUGCGUCGUCUCCCCACAGCCCUGCCAUGUCUGGCUGCGAGCUGCCAAGGGGCCUGUGCCCGGACAUGUGCCCGGCCUCCGAGCGCGUCCGACGCGAGCGCGAGCGCCGCCUGCACUGGCUGGAGGUGGAGCCGGGAAGCCGUGGGAGAGCGCCCCGGGCCGAUCCGGAGGGCUUCGGCUCGCUGCGGCGCUGCUACGCGCGGGGCAACGCCCCGCACCCCCGCCAGGCCGCCUUCCAGGGCCUCUUUCUGCUCUACAAUUUGGGCUCUGUGGAAGCCCUGCAGCAGGUUCUACAGCUGCCUGCCACCCUUCGUGCCUGCCCACCCCUUCAGACUGCCCUGGCUGUUGACGCUGCCUUCCGUGAAGGCAACCAUGCCCGGCUGUUUCGCCUGCUUCGCACCUUGCCCUACCUACAGAGCUGUGCAGUGCAGGGACACAUUGGCUGUUGCCGCCGCAAAGCGCUGGCCCGCCUGUCCCGUGCCCUGAGCACUCCUAAAGGACAGACCUUGCCUUUGGACUUCAUAGUACACCUUCUGGCCCUGGAUGGACUCCACGAAGCCGAGGAUCUGUGUCGGGCCCAUGGACUGACCUUAGAUAAGGACAGAGUUGUGUUCCUGAGGGGGCGAUACUCUGAGGAAGGACUCCCACCCCCUGGUACCUGCCACACAUUAGUGGGAAGCAAGCUACAGGGGCGCACCCUGGAGGAGGUGGUCAUGGCAGAGGAAGACAGGGACGUGCAGAGACCUGAACCUCCAGCUUGAGAGGGUUGGAUCUCCAACAAGGACUGGACCAGAGUACCUGGGGCUCUUCUUCAUGAUUCCCAAACAAUAAAAGGACUGCGUUUUACAGGAA